AUGCCAGAUAAUGGAUUCAGAAACUCAGGCGGAAUAACAAUUUUAGUGAAGUCGUCUCUUCGUAAAGGUGUCAAAUUUCUUGACAAAGAAAGUUGCGAAGAAUUCGUUUGGUGGAAAUUAGAUAAGGUUUUUUUUAACUUAACACAUGAUUUAUUCAUUUGCUCAGUGUAUAUUCCUCCACAAAAUUCUCCUAGGGAAAAAAGAUUAAAGAUAAAUCACUAUGAAACCCUUCAAAAUGACAUAAAUAAAUUUGCUAGCCUUGGUGAGAUAAUUUUAUGUGGUGAUUUCAAUGCAAGAUCAGGUCAUUUAGAGGAUUCUAUUAAUGAUUUUCAUCUAUAUAAUAACUCCUCUUCUCCAGUUGAUCAUCGAAACUCUCAAGACUCCCACAUAAAUGUAUAUGGAAGAUCUUUAGCUGAAUUGUGUUGUGGGAACUCAUUAAUUACUUUAAAUGGAAGGUCUAAAGGAGAUUUUGUUGGAAAAUUUACAUGUCAUACAUAUAAUGGAUCGAGUGUUGUGGAUUAUACUAUUGUAUCUCAAAAUCUUUUUUCUUCAUUGAGUCACUUCUCCGUUUCUUCCCUUACGGAAUUCUCUCACCAUUCUUUCUUAUCAUUUGCUUUAAAGGCAGAAACCCCUGAUUUAUCUGGUGAUUCUAGUAUUGAAUUAACAUCACACCCUAUAGCCUUCAAAUGGAACGAACAGUGUAGGGAAGUGUUGCUUGAUAUUUUUAACUCUGACGAAGUCAAUGAUCAUUUAGACACUUUACUCCAUCCUUCAAACGAUAAUGAUUUAGACAUCAACUCCUUAGUUAACGACUUCACAGAAAUUAUUACCAAAGCAUCUAGAAAAUGUAUUCCUCUCAAGAAACAGAAAAAAAAUCUAGUAAAACGAGAGUAA